AAGCAGCGAGGAAGGGCAGAUCUGUUCGCCCCGAUUUCUCCUCCCCUAUUUAUAGCGCCCUCCCCUCCGGCUCCGGGCACCACCACCACCACCACCACCACUUCUCCUCAUUGUCCUCGCGCUCCGAGUCUCCGACGACCAACCGCGCCACGCACCACUAGGCUGCCUGCCGCCAAGACAGGCGAGAUGGUGAAGAUCUGCUGCCUUGGAGCUGGCUAUGUCGGUGGCCCGACAAUGGCGGUCAUCGCCCUCAAGUGCCCUGACAUUCAGGUGGUUGUGGUAGAUAUCACCAAGUCCCGUAUUGAUGCCUGGAACAGUGACACUCUCCCAAUCUAUGAGCCUGGCCUCGAUGAUGUCGUCAAGCAGUGCCGUGGAAAGAACCUCUUCUUCAGCACUGACAUUGAGAAGCAUGUUAGUGAGGCUGACAUCAUCUUUGUGUCUGUCAACACCCCAACCAAGACCCGCGGUCUGGGAGCUGGAAAGGCUGCUGACCUCACCUACUGGGAGAGUGCAGCUCGCAUGAUUGCCGAUGUGGCCAAAUCCGACAAGAUCGUGGUCGAGAAGUCCACUGUCCCAGUCAAGACUGCUGAGGCAAUUGAGAAGAUCUUGACCCACAACAGCAACGGCAUCAACUUCCAGAUCCUCUCCAACCCUGAGUUCCUUGCUGAGGGUACUGCCAUCAAGGACCUGUUUAACCCUGACCGUGUUCUUAUUGGAGGACGGGAGACCCCGGAAGGCCAAAAGGCUGUUCAGACGCUGAAGGCUGUGUAUGCUCAUUGGGUUCCUGAGGAUCAGAUCCUGACAACCAACCUAUGGUCUGCAGAGCUGUCUAAGCUUGCAGCCAAUGCAUUCUUGGCUCAGAGGAUCUCCUCUGUGAAUGCCAUGUCAGCCCUCUGCGAGGCCACUGGUGCAAAUGUUUCUGAGGUAUCUUAUGCUGUGGGCAAGGACUCUAGGAUCGGCCCAAAGUUUCUCAAUGCCAGUGUUGGAUUUGGGGGCUCUUGCUUCCAGAAGGAUAUUCUGAACCUGGUUUACAUCUGUGAGUGCAAUGGCCUCCCUGAAGUUGCCAACUACUGGAAGCAGGUCAUCAAGAUCAAUGACUACCAGAAGAGCAGGUUCGUGAACCGUGUUGUUUCCUCUAUGUUCAACACUGUUGCAAACAAGAAGAUUGCAGUGCUUGGCUUUGCAUUCAAGAAGGACACUGGUGACACAAGGGAGACUCCUGCUAUUGAUGUCUGCAAGGGUCUGCUUGGUGACAAGGCUAAGAUUAGCAUUUAUGAUCCUCAGGUGACUGAAGACCAAAUCCAGCGUGACCUUGCGAUGAACAAAUUUGACUGGGACCACCCUGUCCACCUUCAGCCAAUGAGCCCCACUACCACAAAACAAGUCUCAGUUACCUGGGAUGCGUAUGAGGCUACCAAGGAUGCCCAUGGUAUCUGCAUCUUGACUGAGUGGGAUGAAUUCAAGACACUUGACUACAAAAAGAUCUACGACAGCAUGCAGAAGCCUGCCUUCGUUUUUGAUGGACGGAAUGUCGUUGACUCUGAGAAGCUCAGGGAGAUUGGAUUCAUUGUCUACUCCAUUGGCAAGCCACUUGAUGCCUGGCUGAAGGACAUGCCUGCUGUGGCUUAAAUAAACUUGUGAUCCAGGAAAGAGAGGCGCGUCAGCGCAAUCCAUGAGCAGCUAUUGAUAGGGUUCAGUUAUAGUUGCUACUUAUCUUAUGCCAGAAAUUCAGAAUGUUAUUCUUUGUUUCCUUUUUUAAGUUUUUUUUCCGGGUUUACAGUCUUAGAAUGGCAUGGUCAUUGGGAUGUGCCUCCUCAUUCCUUUGAUCCAUUGCCAUAGCUUUGUAGCGAAUGUCUGUUGUUGCAUUUGUAUUAUGUUACUGGUGUUCAUCCUGUUGGUUAUACAUGUACCUUAAGUUACUUAAAGAUUAUCAUAGCAGUCUAUGUAUUAGCCCA